AUGUUCACAUUCGCCUGGGGUGUGUACACUUCCCUCUUUGCAGAACAGGCGUAUAAAGUUCUCAUUAUUGGCCUGGAGUCAUCUGGAAAAACAACACUGAUGGAACAAAUUAAGUGUACAUAUGGUGAGAAAAAUAGUACUAAUAAUAGUAAUAGUAAUAAUGGUAAUAGUAAUAGUAAUAUUCCAACGGUGGCUCCAGUUAGUGUGAUGCGAAAAAAACGGAUUCGCCCAACGGUGGGACUCAACAUGGCGAAAGUAACGCACCGCACAAUUCCACCGCAGUUGUACACUACUACUAGUCGUCGCAGUGUGGAGAGUCAACGUAGUGAUGAUCAUACUUCUGAAUCUACUCUCUCGCAUGCACCUCAGGCAGUUUCAUUAACUUCCGUUUCGGAUAUUUCUGCCCAUUAUACACCAAUGAUGACUAGAUUGACGUUGUGGGAUGUGGGAGGGGCACUGCGGGGACUUUGGGCAAAUUACUUUUCCGCUUGUCAUGGUGUUAUUUUUGUUGUCGAUAGUACUUUGGCCUAUUCUUCUACAUCUUCUUCUUCAACAACAACAACAACUACUACUAGUGAUAAUGGAAAUGCUCCUUCUAAUCCUUCUGCUGGUUUUCAUACGAAUACGGUGGAUGGUGUGGUAAAUAGUAAUGAAAGAGAAAUGAUGGAGUCUCUUUCACCAUCCCACUCAAGAAUGAGUUCUGGUGAUGAUCAUACUAAUAAUAAUACUAAUAGUAAUAAUAAUAAUAAUAAUAAUAAUAAUAAUAAUAAUAGUGGUAUGAUGAUGUUAUCUUCUCCAAAUUGUAGAGGACUUGCCACCGUACUGAAUCCUCCAAUGCGUAUAUCUCAACAACAAAACGGUAUGUUGUCAAGACCUUCUUCUUCUUUUAAAAGUGAUGGAGAGGAACAACGGCAAUUACGACGUAAAGUAUAUGCUGAAAAUGCAUCUAUUCUCCGUGAAGUAUUUAGUCAUCCACUCUUAGCAGAUGCACCUCUCUUAAUAUUAUCUAAUAAAUCCGAUCUCACCGAACAUGCCUCCUUGGCAGAAAUGCAAGAUUCCCUUGGAUUAGUAGAGAUGGCCCUUAUGCAUCAAGUGUAUGAUGUAUUUAGUUUAGAAGAGACUUCUUCUCGACGAAAGUCUCAUUCCGUUAGUGGCGGUGAUGAGGACUCGGAGGGAUUCGCCGCUUCUCUCACCUCCACAAUGACGGUGAAUGCCGCAGUGACUGCGGCUGCAGAGACAAUACCGGGAACGAGUGGAAUCGGCACAAAGAUCAUGCGAUUGGCGGAGAUUAGUGCGUUGGACGGCACUGGUGUGCGGGAGGCGAUGGAUUGGUUGGUUGUGCAGAUGCGGGAGAGUAAACGGGUGGCAGAGGCAAAGGAUGAGUGA